AGUAUUAAUAACAAAUCAGUUGUUUUUAACACCUUAAUUAAAAUUUUAAAUCUACAGUCCAAAAAAAAAAAAUGCCAAAAUUCCUAAACAUUUUCUUGGUUUUCGUUGUUGUUCUAGUCUUUGCUGCAGCCGUACAAGCCCAGCAUUGUGGUCCCAACCAGGAAUUUUACCCAUGCGGCUCUGCUUGUCCUUCUAGAUGUGGUGAAUUUGGUAUGAAAGCCUGUACCGCAAAUUGUGUUGUUGGUUGCCAAUGCAAACGGGGCUACAUGCUAAACGCAAAGAACGAAUGUGUCCCUCCAGAAGAGUGUUAAUUAAUUGUCUUAUAAUUAAUAAUACAAAUAUGAAAAAUUAUAAGCAUUAUUUUAAUUGAAAUAAAAUUAUUAAAAAAAU